UGGGCUCGUUGACUUACCUUAACUUUGCUUUUACAUACUUAGAUCCCGAUAUAUAUAAGGUUAUACUAAUGGAAUUAGACAUGUCUUGGGACUUAUUUAACAAUGUUACUAUAGCUAAGGAAACUAAUUCUGACCUAAAAAUAUUUAUUAGUAUUGGUGGGAGUACCCUAGCGCCGGAGACCGUGGUAGGAAAGAGAGAGACAUAG